AUGCCAUCACCUCUAUGUCUCCAAAACUCACUUUUCCUCUGCCCGUCUAGAGUGUCUACAAUUGAUGUUCGUGUGGAGUUUUUGAAUCCAGACAUGCUUCGUCUGGGCCGGUGUCAUUUAUGCACUUCGUUUUUUUAUUGCUAUUUUUAUCCUUGCUAUUUUGUAAACCGUCCUCCUGAAUGUUGUAAACAGAAAUUCAACUUUUUCCUUAGGCUGAGAGCAGCAGAAAUUCCCAAUUCAUUACACAUGGGAAUUUGUGUUCGAAGACAUUAUUCACACGAAUAAGACAAUUCAUUAGCAAGGACACAAUAUAUGAAUAAAUUUCUCAGACGCUAAAAUUAUACAUGCAUUGGCCAUCCAUGAGUGCUUUGUACUCACAAAGGCCGUUAACACGAGGCGAACCGUCUCUGAAAAAGUUGACAGCAAUAAUUCCUUUUAAUAAAACAGGAAAUUUAUUGUUACAUUGGACACAAGGUGAAUUCGCCAUCUUGUGGCUGUUAUCAAUUUCGUGUAGACGUUUCUUUGUCUCUUCUUUUGCCUUCAAUGCAUAGGUCGGCGCUCGUGGGCAAUAAAGUUCUGGGUCAGUGCCAUUCGCGUCGAAGUUCUUAGCUCCUAAUAUUGCACUGCACAUGUAAAACUGAGCUUUAACGGUUUUCUUUCACCUUUUUUCAAUUUUAUUAUUUAUUUAUGUGUUUGUUUUUUUUUAUUUGAAGUAAGACCAUUUAUGAAUUCUCCGUACGUGUAACGCGGAUGACUGCUAAGGCGGAAUGUCUAAAGUCCGAAUCAUCCUAUGUUUUCUCUCAAGGUUUUAUUGUCCUAAUUUUUGCCUUCUUGUCCCCAACUUGUGACCAAACAUGAGGUGGUGUUCCAAAAAAGGUUCACGCUACUGAUUUCCUUCUAAAAAACAGCAAUGUUGCUGUCGUAUUGAUUUCAGACAUACAGUGAUUUAGCCAUCUUGUGGUUGUUCUCAAUUACAUGUAUGUCUUUGUCUGCCUCUUCCUUUGACUUCAAUGCUUUUCUUGUCACUUUUGCCCAACGAACUUCUGGGUCCUUGUUAUUAGUAUUGAAGUUCUCAAUUUUGAAAACUGCAUUGCACAUAUGAAACUUAGUAUUGGCCAUUUUCUUUGAAAUUUUCACUAUUUUUGUAUAUUUGAUAUGUAUUUAUGUAUGUAUUUGAAAUAAGAUCUUCUACGCAUUCUCUGUACGUGUAACUCGCAUGGCUGUGAAAAGGGGUUGUCUAAGGUUCGAAUUGUCUCGGUGAGCUCAAUUUUUUUUUAUAUUUACUUACCACCUUGUGACUUGUCACAAAGCAAACAGUAUCAAAACAAGUUUUUCUCACUGAUUUCCUUUUGAAAAAACAGUGAUUUUGUCGUUAUAUUGAUUUUAGACUUACAGAGAUCUAGCAAUCUUGUAGUUAUUAUCAAUUGCGUGUUCCAUGUCUUUGUCUGUCUCCUUUCGCCUGCCAUGCUUUAAAUUUGACAUGUGUGCUAGAAAGGCAAAACUCAAAAUCAACUAUUUUUGUUCAACUUUCCUUUUUGUUGUCAUCUUUUUGUGUUUAUUUGUAUGUUCGAAAUGAGACCAUCUUUGAAUUCUCUGUACAUUUAACUCGGUAGACUGCAAAUGCGGAAUGCCCAUGAUUUGAGUUGUUGUGGUGGUUUCUCAAUUUAUAUUCUGCAUCCAACCGCGUAGUGACUAAACAUGAGGCAAAUUGUGUUCAGAUAAGUUUAUGAAACUGAUUUCUCUUCAGGAAAGAGUAAAUUUCUUGUUAUAUUGGUUCUAGACAUACAGUGAUUUGGCCAUCUUGUGGUUCUUAUCAAUAACAUAUAUAUGUCUUUGUCUGGUCUUGUUUUGAAUGCAAUGCUCUACUUGCGUCUAAAAUACAGCAAAGUUUUGGGGCGCUGUUAUGAACCUUGAAGUUUCUUAUUUUAAAAACUGCUUCAUACACGUUAAAUGUAGGAUUAACUGUUUCCUCCCAACUUUUCAUCACUAUCAUAUACCACUAUUUAAUAUGUAUUUAUGUAUAUAUUUGAAAUAAGAUCAUAUACGCAUUUUAUACAUAUAUAACCAGGAUGGCUGUAAAACCAGUUUACCCAAGGUUUGAAUCGCCAUGGUGAGUUCAAUUUUUUUAUAUUGUAUUUUUCCACCAACUUGUGACUAAACACAAAGUAAACACUCCCAAGAAUAGUUUAAUUUGUCACAGACUUUUAAAAAAAAAAAAAAAACAGCGAUUUUGCCAUUAUAUUGAUUUAAGACCCACAGGGAUUAAGCCAUCCUGUCGUUAUUAUCAAUUGCGUGUAUGCGCCUUUGUUAGUCUCUUCGUGCGCCCACCAUGCUUUAGGUAUAUUUUUCAGUUGUGGGCGACAAAGUUAAAACUUGAACUAAACCAACAUGUUGUAACUUUUUCAUUUUUUAUGAACUAUUUAUGUGUUCAUUUAAUAAUUCCAAGAAGAUCAUAUAUGAAUUCUCUGUACAUUUAUCUUGGUUGAUUGCGAAUGCGGAAUGUCCAAGAUUAUUAUUAUAGCUGUCAUGGUGAUUUGUCAACUUUUUUUUCUAUUUGUCUGCUACCUUGGGCCUAAACAUAAGGCAAAUUGUCCUAAGAAGGACUUAGGGAACUUAUUUUUCUUUAGGAAAGAGAGAUUUUGUAGUUAUAUUGGUUCUAGACAUGCAGGGAUGUGGCCAUCUUGUGGUUGUUACACGAUAGUGAAUAUGUGUCUUUGUCUGUGUCAUCUUUUGAUUGCAAUGCUUUAUAUGCCGCUUGUGCAUAACAAAGUUGAGGGCGGUGUCUACAUAUGUAUAACAUUGAAUUCUUCGUCACGAAAAGCACAUAGUUCAUGAAGAACUUAAAAUCAACCAUUUCCCUUCGCUGUAAGAUAAGGCGCAUAUUUUUUUUAUUUAAUGUAAGAUUAUGUGUUUGGUUUUUUCAAUUGUCGCUGGGGUUACAUGAAAUAGAAAUGUUGCGGGUUUUUAUUCUGGCAGGGGACUCAGAUAUUAUCCAAUAUUUGAUUCAAAAUUGUAACUUGUGUUAAACGUAUUUCUUUGAAAACUACAAAAUUUGCAUAUUAUUUAAUCACAGGGGUACUUAUUGUGUUCCUCAGUCUUCAAAGACUGUGCGCCAACAAGGUGGCACCCUGUUUCCUAUUUAUGGUCAUCUCCAUUAUGUAUCUUGACAUCUUUUAACUGGUGCUUUAGUUGGCCCCCUGUUUUGUGUUUCCCAGAUGAUGUACGUGUAAGAAGUAUCUUAAAGGAAAACUUUAAUGGGUUAAUGAAUAAAAAAUGAAAUAAAUUAUUCAGGUUUUGAAUGUUUUUGUUUUUUUUCCUAAUCUGUGUCUGAAUAAGGAGCAUGUGUGAAGGGUGCAGUUUGUUUAAAACAAAUGUUUUUCCUUUGAUGCUUUAUAUUUGGUCUGUGCGCUUCUAAGGCAAAUUUGAAAUUGACCAUUUUGGUUCAACUUUCAUUAUUAUUAUCCUCAUUUUAUAUGUGUUGAUUAAAGUGUUUGAAACAAGAUCAUUCACGAAUUCUUUGUACAGUACAAUAACUUUUGAGUUUUGGUGGUAGUUUGUCAGUUUAUAUUCUGUGUACAACAGCCUUGUGACUUAAUAUGAGGCAAAUUGUCCUCAGAUGAUUGUAUGAAACUGAUCUCCUUUUAGAAAAGAGUAGGUUUCUUGUUAUAUUGGUUCCAGACACACAGUGAUUUGGCCAUCUUGUGGUUGUUACGCAGUAGUAUAUAUAUGUCUUUGUCUGGUCUUGUUUUGAAUGCAAUGAUCUAUUUGCGGCUACAUGUACUAUGCUGGAAUAUUCUGGGGUGGUGUUUGGAACCUUGAAGUUUGUAAUUUGAAAAUUACUUUGAACAUGUUAAAGAUGGGAUUAACUGUAGUUUCCUCUCAACUUUUUCAUCAUUAUUGUAGUUUAUACUGGUAUUAAAUAUGUAUUUAUGUACAUAUUGAAAUAAGAUCAUGUGUGCCUUCUUUGUAUAUGUAACAAGGAUGGCUGUAAAACCAGUUUGUCGAACGUUAGAAUUGCCAUGGUGAGUUCAAUUCUUGGUGUUCAAUUCGCCACUACCUCUAGACUAGACACCAAACAGUCCCCAAAAUUGUUUAGGUUGCUGAUUUUGUGAAAAAAAAUUCAGCAAUUUUGCUAUUAUAUUGAUUCAAUUAAGACCCACAGGAAUUAAGCCAUCCUGUUGUUAUUAUCGAUUGCAUGUAUGCGCCAUUGUUAGUCUCCUCUUUUGCCCACAAUGCUUUACAUGUAUUUUUCAGUAGUGGGCGACAAAGGUAAAACUUGACACAAACCACUGUGUUCUAGCUUUUUCAUUUUUUAUCAACUAUUUAUGUGGUUUUUUCUUAUUUCAAAGCAAGAUCAUUUAUGAAUUCUCUGCACAUUUAACUUGAUUCUCUGUGAAUGCAGAAGUUCAAGAUUAUAGCUGUCAUGUGAUUUGUCAUUUUUUAACUAUUUGUCUGCCUCAUUGUGUCCAAAAUGAUGGAAAUUGUCUGGCAAAGAUUUAUGUUAUACUUACUGAUUUCUGUCUAGAAAGGAGAAAUUUUGUUAUAUUGCUUAUAGACACAUUGAUGUGGCCAUCUUGUGAUUGUUGAUUGUUAUGUUAUAGCUUUUAUGUUUCUAUCUGUGUCUACUUUUGAUUGGCAUGCUCUUUAUGCUGCUUCUACAUAACAAAGUCCUAGGGCAGUGUCUUAAAUAUCAAGUUCAUGGUCACGAAAAGUGUAUAGCUCAUGAAGAACAUAAAAUCAACCAUUUCUUUUCACCAUUUUCAAUAUUAUGCACUUAUUUUUGAUUUAUUCUAAGAUUACUUGUAAAUUUUUUGUAUUUGUAGAUCAGGUGACUUGAAAUCAGAAUGUUGGCAGUUUGAGUGGUCACAGGAGGCUCAGAUAUUAUCCGAUAUUUGUCUCCAACUCAUGACUUUUGUUUAACAUCUUUCUUUGAAAACUACCAAAUUUGCAUAUCAAUUAAUCACAAGGGUACUUAUUUUAAUCUCCUGCCUUCAAAGACUGGGUGCCGACAAGGUGACACCCUUUUUCUGUUUAUGGUCAUCUUUCUCAAUAACAUCUUUCAGUAAAUGCUUUUAAGCUAGCUUGGCAUAACCCCCCUGUUGUUGUAUCAUUUAGGUGAUCUAGGCGCAAGAAAUAUCUUGAUGCGAAACAUAACAGCGUAAAUGGAUUCAUUAUUCAGAUUUUAAAUUUGUUUUCAUUUUUCCUCUAUCUGUGUCUGAAUAAAAAGCAUUGGAAAGCAUGCAUGGAAGGUGCAGCUUGCUUUAAAAGAAGCACUUUGUUUUUCUGUUCAGCUAUGCGGAGACCACAUUAGCCGUAAAUGUAAAGCUCAAGGUUGAUGAAUCAAUCAUAACUAUUAGUACAUGGGUUUUGGUAAAAUUUGUCAUUCCAGAGGCAUCUUAAGUUAGGUGAGGUUUGAGACAAAAUAUAGGUUGAAGUGUAAAUCAAUCGGUGGUAAGCUUUCAGCUGCAAAUUAUUGGAGUCAGAAGCAUUUAUCAAAGAAAAACCUUGCAAACACAUAGGGACAAAAAUCUGAUGUCUGACUUUAUCGAAUUCUACUAUUCUGUUAUCCCAGGGCUCAAAAUUAGCACUCGCAAACUUGCGAAAUGCAAGUGGUUUUUUCGAAGUUGCGAGUCUAAAAAAUAUCCUCUAGCAAACAUUUGCUAGUUAGGUUCCUUCUUUUGCUAGUAAAAAAAAUCUUACUAGCAAAACUUUGCUAGUAGACAAAAAAGUUAAGUUCGAGCCCUGUUAUCCUCAAUUUUUCUUAUAAGUUAGCGUGUAUAUAUUGUUAAAAUGAUAAUAUUUCAACCAAUGCCAACAAAUUUUAGAUGAGAGUCAGUCUAAAACAAAUGCUAAGCUAGAAUUUAAAAAUAUAUAUAUUUUUUUGUUUCCCCAUUAAGCGGUUUUCACAGGUACAAAUUCAAGAUUUAUUAACGAAAUAAAUUCUAGGGAAAAGAUAUUCUUAAAGAUAUUUUUAACCCUUUAACUCCCAAGAUCUCAUUAGUGAUUCUCCUUACUGUCUGGCAUACAGUUUUUGUGAUGUUAGUUUGGAGAAUUUAGUAUUAGAUCAACUUAUAAUCCCCUAAUUGAUAUUUUUCUUUAUCCUCAUCACUUGUCUGCUCGAUAUUAUAUUGAUAUUGUAAGGAGAAAUUCUGUCUUGGUCACUCAUGGGACUUAAAGGGCUAAGCAGGGUAUCAGGGAUACAUAGGUAUUUAAGGACAAGGGAAUCUGAGCAAUCAGUUUUAAUUGAUAUCAAUGUUGUCUUAUAAUUAACCCUUUAAAUCCUUACAUCAGUAUGCAUAUUCUCCAUACUGUUGUGUAUACAUUUCCUUGAGUUCUAUCAAGGAGAAUUUGUUUAUUAGUGUAACAAACAAGAGCUUCUUUUGUUGGUGACCAUUUCCUUUAUUCUUGUGACAUUUAUGUUUGAUUCAGGAGUGACAUUGUAAGGAGAAUUUAGUUGUUAGACACUUUUAGGGGUUAAAGGGUCAAACGUAGUCCAUCCUUUGUAUGUGGCAAUAAGGAGUGUUGGUAGUUCUGCAUCCUCUUCUGUAGAUGGGGUGUUAGUCCAUGGUAAAUUACCACUGUAAGGCUUCUUGACAAAUUGCCACAAUCCUCUCAAACUCCUGAGUAGGGAGAGGCAAUGUGAGUGUCAAGUGUCUUGCCCAGGGCAGGUUUGUUCAAAGCUGGGUUAAGAUAACCCAGGGUUAGUGUGAAAUUUGAUUUCAGAUCUGAAAGCUUUAAUCCCAUUUUUCUACAAUUUGAUAAAUGAAUGCUCUUAAAAGGAUUGGGAAAAUUAUCCAAGAAGGUCUUUUGAACAGAGAAAUAUAGAAACCUGGAUUAAAAUUUAACCCUGGGUUAGCUCUGAUUGGCCUUUGAACUACUAGGUCCUGUUACUCAACACAAUGAUGCAGCCAAGUUCCCAACGUAGGGGUCUGUCACAGGCUAAUGCCUAAAACAUCAGCAUUAGAAACUCUCUCUGGGGGCCAAUUUACUUUAUCAACUUAGUUGUUAAAACUAAAUUACCUUGUAAAACCCCUGCUGACAAAGCACCACCAUUUUCUUGAGAAACUCACCCCAUUCUGUCAAAGAAGAGUCCAACCAGCUUAAAAAACCUUUGGCCACUGUGUUGAAGUAAUAAUACUUACUUUUUUUCUACUCUCUUUCUUUCCAAGAUGGAUUACCGGGAGUGUAAUUUUGGACCCUCAUGCACCUGUGAUCAUAGGCCAACCCUGGUUCAUGGUACAUCGCCUAAUUUUUCACCACCAAAUGUCAGAGGGAGUGAGCCAUUGUCUCUCACAUCGCCUUCAUGCACGAAGAAGGAACAUAUUGACAACAAUUUGAGAAAAAAAUCAAGAGGUGAAGGUUUGUAAAGAGCCUUUACUGAAAUCUAAGAACUAUGAUUACGACUCAAAUAAUCAGAAAUAUUUGAAGAAUAAUUUGAAAUAUUUUUAGCGUAGGUGCCUUGCAUAUAUGUCCAAUUUUGGGCUCCUCUUAUUAUUAUGAUUAUUAAUAGUGAUUUUAGUGAUAAUGUUGUUAUUAUUGCGAUUUUAGCAGCAUUUUCCUCAUGCUUUGCAUAGGAAAAUAAAACAAUUUUUUGCUCUUUUUGCAGUAAAGAGAUUUCUCACUACUAGGGCUAUUUUUUCUUCCACUUAA